UUUCCUGUCAGGCAGCAGCAGCUCCGUGGAGACAUCCGUCAUAUGAUUGCAGUGAUAUGGAGGCGCAUUUCCUGAUGGCCUGAGUUAGACCAAAGAAAAUUCGUCUCGAGUCAUCAGAUUAUCAACGUUACAUCGUGCCAUGGAGAGAUUAGAGGCCACAUCAGAGCUCCAGUCGCGGCUGUCCUCCCUCUCCUUCUCGUCUUUUCCCGGAAUAACAUCCAACCAGUGCGACGACAGACCGCUGGACAGACUCCAGAAUACAAACCUUUCACAGAGCUGUGUCCAGUCUUCAAAGCGGGCCGAUAUGGAUCAGACCAAGGAGGAUUCAGGGCAACAUUGUGAGGGUAACGACGAGGCCCCAGCAGAGCCGGCCCUGGGGGAAGGAGGUGAGGAGAACAACAGCGCUGCGAGCUGUCAGCCCUCCGCUGAGAUGAAAGCCCAGAUGCCGCCCCUGAAACCCCCAACAACAUGGACAUCUGCUGCUCUGAAGGAGCUCAAGGCGAAACUUCGAACGGAGGACGACAGCAUGGUGACAGUGUACAGAGGCGACAUCAUGACGGUUCACGUGCCCACUGUCCCCGAGGCCAAGAAAGUGUGCUGGGAGUUUGCCACAGACGGUUAUGACAUUGGCUUCGGCAUAUAUUUUGACUGGACUCCCGUCACAAGCCGGUCCAUCACUGUGCACAUCAGCGAGUCAAGUGAUGACGAAGAGGAGGAGGAGGAGCUGGAAGGGCCCGUCAGUAACGGAGACGUGGAGAAGGGCUCCAAAACUCAAACCAACUCAAACUUGGCUGAAAUCCUACCCGUGUACCGCCAGGACAGUCACUUAUCCGUCCAGGGUGGGAGCCACGAUUUUCCAGGUGAAGGCACUUACCUCCUGAAGUUUGAUAACUCCUACUCACUAUGGCGAAAUAAAACUCUUUACUACAGAGUUUAUUAUAGUGCCUGAGAUGCCAGUUUAUGAAUGUAAAAUUUACAGGAAAAAUACUACUCUUAUGAACUAUUUUUGAUUCCAUACUUGGAAAAAAAAAGAUGAAGUUAUAAUAUAAAAGGGUAAAUAUUAGCAUAUCUAUUUUUUAUCACUUUAUCAGCUUGUGUUGCCACACUUUAUGAUCAGAUAGUUUUGAUUGCAACAUUUGCUCCAGUGUCUUGCAGAUAGCUAUUUGAAGAAGCCUUGCAUAUGUGCCAUGUUCCUGUGUAUGCACUGUGCUAUUUGGUCAAGUGCCCGUCAUAAAACGUAUAUUAUCUCCAGCCGUAACAUUUCUAUGGUAGCAGUGAUCAGGGAACACCUGCACAGAACAUAUAUUUCACCCGGCCAGGUGCUUAAUCAGCAGUGCUCUAAAGAAAUUGAGUUUUUCGUUGUUUGUUUGUAUGCGGACACAUUUUCUGAUUAUGUUGCUUGGUUGUUGUUGCGUGUAUUUAUCUCUCUGCUUUGUAUCGUAACUUAUUAUUAUUAUUUUUUUAAUCUGUGUUAAAUUUGAUCAUGUGACAGAAUAAUUAUGUUAUGCAAAUUCUGUACACAGAGCUGUCUGCUGUCAUCGUGGUGUGUCGGUAAAAGAUUUAAGAAUUGAAUGUACUGAAGCAAGCAGUUUUUCCAGAGUGUGCUUUUUAUGACACAAUUAAAAGCCAUCCCUUAUCACAUAAAGCUCUUAUUAUGUAAUAUAGAUUAAAUAUUUACAUUUGCCUCGCCUCUCCACCCUUUAAUUUACUGUUUCGGAGGCAGGGAGCAGUUGUAAAAUUUCAUCUAAAUGUGUUUUGUGCACAGGUCUAUGUAUGUGGAGGUCAGCGUGUUUGUUUUUGAAUGUCCUCGUGUGUUGGACAUACUUUGGAUUUAUGUUUCAUCCUGUUUUUAAAAUCGAUGCUUCUACCACACUCACUCGUGUGCAUGCUCCCAAAGAUGUCACAGAUUUGGCUGCUAAUGCUGUAUACAAUGUAAAGCAAACAGGUUUACAAAUGUAAACCUGUUGAAAGCCCCUCAUGUUUGCUGUACUGUACCUUUACUGUAAGGUCUGAUGACAUUUGUUCCUGAAAUUUAUAUUCCACAAUAAAGAGAAGAUUAUCUA